AUGGGGAAUAACUGUUUCAAAAGCAACAAAGUGAUGGCGCAAGACGAGCCUGAAGAUCUUUUGCCUCCGAUUGAAGCUAAGAAAGUUGAGGAAAAACCGCGGCCUGGAUCGGCGAUGGCGAAGCCGAAGACGGCAGAGGCCAGAACCGGCGGUGCGAGUAAGAAGGUAGUGAGGUUUAAGCUACAAGAGGAAGAGGAGAAAAAUUCCGGCGAUGGUGGAGUAUUGAGGAUUAAAGUGGUGAUGUCUCAGAAAGAGUUGAAACAGAUGUUGAAGGAUAGAGAGAACAAUUCGUGUACAUUGGAGGAAUUGAUUACUGAAUUGAAGGUGAAAGGCAGGACGACGAUUUCAGAUGGAAGAAUCGAUGCAGUUGAAGAUGAAAAUGGACGCUGGAAGCCGGAUCUGGAAGGUAUUCCUGAAGGUCCAUUAAUUAAAAUGUCUCUCGAUCGAUGA